ACAGUGCUCAAGAGUGGUCCAAAAUUCAGGGGCCUUGGGAGAGGAGAAAAACCCUGGCUCCAAAGGACACCAGACCACUUCAAAGGAUCCGAAGUAGAGAAGCAGAGCCUCUCCGGAGGGAAGAGGAACAGACCAGAAUCUCCCAAGGGCGGGUUCGAAGGCUACACCCGGCGUCCACAGGCUGCGCCCAGCCAUCAGCCACCACUUCCACCCACCGGAACGUCCUUGGACGCGCCCGUUAGUGGCCCCGCCCUUGACCCGCCUCCUUGCGCACGCGCAUUUGAGGUGCAGACCCGGAACGAGGGGUGCGCUCUCGCGAGUGAGUCUCGGUUUUUCGGUCCGAAACUAACGGCGCUAUGCAAUUUCAGGCCCCGCUUCUCCACACCUCGGUUUCGGGGGUCUCCGGGACUGUUGACAUUCAAGGAUGUGGCCAUUGAAUUCUCUCAGGAGGAGUGGGAAUGCCUGGACCCUGCUCAGAGGGCCUUGUAUACGGACGUGAUGCUGGAGACCUACAGGAACCUGCUUUCCCUGGAUGAGGAUAAUUUCCCUCCGAAAGUCGGUUCUUAUAGCACCCACAGUAACAGUCCCAAAAUGGAUUUUCGUGACUGGGAGGCCUUUAGGUUAAUUAUUCAAAAAAUCAUUGACAAGAUAUCAAGGAGCUUACUAUGCUUUCUUCUAGGAGUUUUUUUUUUCAGGGAAAUUUAUUAAACAGAAACAUUGAAUGAAACCAUUAAAGAGAAGGCAUAACAACACACAGAGGAACUUCUAACGGCCACCGGAGCCAACGGGUCCCAGCACCCCCACCCCAGGGUCACCAACAAGGCUGAGGCUUCUGCUUUGCCGGGGAUUGGCCCUCAUCCCUAGGACACCCUGGCUGUGGCCUUCCUCCCCAGUCCCGCAGCAGCAUGGGACCUGCGUGCGCUUCAGUGACAGGGUGGCCCCUUCCUGGACGGUCUGCGUGCUGCUCUCACGAAACAGCCUUGCCUGCUCCCUGACCGGAGAGACGGGGACACUGGUUUCUGCCAGCACCUGGGCGCCAGAGGCCGUGCGGCCCCUCCUACUUGCCUCUGCUUCUCCCUGGUCAGGGCCAUGGCGGCCUCUAACUCCUCCUCAUCUCGAAUGAGCUUCAGUAACUCCAGGAAACUGGGCGCACCCCCUCGCUGCUCCAUGAGCUUGAGCUUGCCCUGGAGGGAGGUGCUCAUGGAGGUCUGAGCUAGGAUGUAUUUCAGGCGAAUCACGUCUGCCCUUCCCACUGACUCGGGGCUGUGCUUCACAGCGUUCUGCAGCACGGGCUCUAACCGUACCAGAAAGGCAGAGACUUUCUCUCCGGACGUCUGGAAGGUCUGGAGGAACUUUAACUGUGAGGUUCUAUAGUCCUCCUUAUUCCCGAAGAUCUGCUUCAGGGCGUCCAGGCACUGCGCUACAGUCAUCGAGUCGCUGUUGGCCCGGAGCGCCCGCAUGAUGGACAGGGUGGGGCCGUGUAAGCUUUCCAGCAAACGACGCUGCUUCUCUACCUCAGACACCUGCCACAUCUGCAUCAUCUCAGUCACCUGGUCUAGCCAGGCUUCGAAGUUCUCUUAGCCAGGCUUCAAAGUUCUCUUCGCCUGGGCCUGGGCAAGUGUUUCCCGAAAACACCUUCAGUUUUCGGUACCACACGCUUCCUUUCAGAGGCGGCGGGUCUGGUGGCUUGACUGGAGCCAAGCCUUUGGGCUCCACGUCCUCAAGGUACGUCCCCAGGGUAUUGACCACAUCUGCCAUUCUCUGGCCCUCAUGUUUCAGGAAGUACUUCAGUCUUGAUAAAUUCAUCAUCUGACAUACGGGGUUUCACCACCACUUCCCAGGUACCUCCCUUUCCUGGGAUCUGACUGGGCGUCGAAGCAUAAUUGACCGUGUCGGCCAAUUCAAUGAAAACUGCCUUAGAGUUGUCUUCCCUUCUGAACAUUCUGCCCAGCACACUGUAGGCACCCAGGGGGCUGUAAGCCCGCCUUCAGGGUCUCUUUAAUUUCCUCUUCACUACACUCCACAGGGAUGCCCACCAUGAGCAGGGCCUUCCUGGGGUCCAGGUCCAUCCCCUUGCACCAAUCCUCCAACAGACUCACAGCCAUUGCUCCCUCUAUCUACGGACUGAUCUAGUACAAGGGGCAGGAAUCAGCGCACAGAGUUUGACCAGGACUCAAGGAAUUCUGAGUCAAUGCCAAGUAUGAAGGCAGAGUCGUUCCGGGUUUGCACAGCCUCUGCUUGCCGUGGACUCCUCCUCAAAGUCCAAGGACUCUUCCGUGUGUACUGGAGGUGCCUACAGGCCGAAGCGCCUGUGCUCCACAAGCACCACGCGACCGUUACCACUGCUCGCGCGGUGCCCACUCCGCCCCACCUUAUCUAGUGAUUUACAAGGUGUGCUGCCUGCAGGUAGCUCAGCAGUUUGGCUUGUAGCCAGCUCUUCGGGUCACUGCCUGGUCAGAGGCCUAAUGCUGCCUCUGAAGCCUGAACAAGACUACUUUACUAGCUUCCCCAACAUUAAUUUAUUCUAAUAAUUAUUCUCCCUGCGUAGAUUCUUCAUGCACAUCUUGGUAUGCUGAUAUUUAAAUCUCAUAUUUUUUAUACUCCAUGGUUUCCUCAUUAUUACUGCUCCUAACAAUGUUUCUCAGAAAUUUUCUUACGUUCCUUGAAUUACAUAUUUCAAUGAAGCCUCUUUUGUUCCCUGUCUUCUCUUUCAACUAAAUUUCAUCAAAAGUCACCUGGUCCUUGUUGAUAUACAUCCUAUCAUCGUCCUGUUCUUCAGGCUGUUAACUGGCUGCUUCUGUUGUCAACCACAUCUCUGUACAUAGAACUCUGCCAUGGAUCAGCACGGCACUGCCAGAAUUGUUUCUAUGGUUAAACCCUGCUAUGAACACCACCUGUCCAUACAAGUCAUUCUUUCCCCUCUAGGUUGUUUAGUAACGCCCCUUAAGCCCUUAAGGUUACUAUUUUCUGUUGCUGUUCCAGAAGUCAAAAUCAUUACUUUUUGUUAAGUGCAUAUUAAUUUCCAUUGAUAAGAGUAAGUAUAGCUUUAGUGAUAUACAUACAGUAAGAGCACUUCUCAUCUGAUGUCUGUUUUAUGUUUGGGAUUAUGUUUGGGAUUAUAAUGUUAAAAGAUCCAAAGAUAUGAUUUCAAAUACUUUAAAAAAUUCCUGCAAAAGAGAUCUAUUACUUUUAUAUGACGAAGCUGUUUGCACUAAAAAGCUUCAUGCUAAAAUUGAUAUUCUGUUUUAAAAAUGUAUAAGUAGUUUAAAAAUUAUUCUUACCAAAUAUAAUCACUUCCACAAAGAGUUUAAACCUUGGCAAAAGCCUCCUGCUAGUUUUGUUUCCACCAGUCAACCUGUCGCCCCUGCCAAGAGAUCAUCAUCCAGCAACCACGAUCAUCCUCCAUUGCUGUACCCUUGAGAGGGUUUUAUUGCAUCCACAUGUGUUCACACAGAGUGAAUUCAUUCAUUCUCCAGGUUUUGCUUUUAGGUCCUGCAAAGAACAUUCUUGUACACAUCUUCCAGAACAAAUAAUAUAUGCCUAGGAAUGGAAUUUGUGGGAUACUCAGCUUGAUCAUGUUUAAAGCAAAUAUUGGAAUAGACGUAAACCUACAGUCUUCCCAUAACAGCACUCUCUGUCUUCCUAAUAUCUUCCACAUUUCCUUCAUACCAACAAUAUAGUUUCCAUAGAAUGAGUCAUGUUUAUGCUUCUUGCUACAGCGGUUCUUCUUUUCCCAAGGUUAGGCUUUCAUCUGCUGCAGUACAGUCCUCUUCCCAUAGAUUUGCAAGCACAAGCAGUGCUCCCACAUUGCCCCCUACUUCACUCUUGCUUUGUUAAAUCCCAGUCCCAGCCUUCCCUCAGAUUUUUGUAGAUCUAAGAGAAUUCUAUUGGUACUUCUUAGUACUGUGUCAAUAUUUAGCACUUGGGCUCGCCAGUUCCCAUUAAGACCCACCCCUCCCCAUACCCCACACACUGCAUAAGGAAGGAACUCUACUUGCACACAGUACAGUUUGCUCAGAUCAGCGACUCAGUCUGGUCACUGUGUACAUCAACACGUGCUGGACGUGACUCCUAUCAUCUGGGAAUGGCAGGACAGUCACAGUGUAAGUGACACAACUCACUGCCCGUAUCUUCCUUGAAACAUUUCUUUCUAAGAUACUGGUUAUUUCCUUCAAAUUUUCUUAAAAUCUGUACUGCCUGGAUGGAUGAUGUUGCUUAAUACAUAUGAACAUGUCAUGUUACUCUGCACACCCAGGUUCAUACUGUCUCUUGAAUUUGCUUUCUGUGUGAGUUAGAGAUAGAUGUGUGUUUUUGUAUGAAAUACUGUGAUAAUUUACCUCAAGAAUAAUUAAAUAAUUAAUGCUGUUAUAGGGGCUUGAAAUAUUGCAUGGCAGAUAGUAAGGACUGUAAAGUUACCUUUAGUUAACUGGAUGUGUCAUUUUUUUGGUCAUGGUUAUUAAGAAAUUGACCUUGGCCUACAUUAUAUUUUGACUGUUGUCUUUUUCUAAUUAUUUUCCAUAUAGAUGUUCCUUAAGAUAACAUUUUUCAAAGCAUACAUUAUAUACCAUAUAUAUAUAUAUUUUUGCCAUACAAGUGUACAAUUAAAUGACACUCCACAGUUAGGUAGUUGAACUAUGUAGAACCACAGGCAUGACAUCAAUGAUUGAAGAUUUCAGACCGUUUUUUCCAAUUCUUAAACUUUAUACAUACAUUUAACUGAAUCUGAUAUUUCAAAAUUCAGUGCUUAU